AUGCGUGACUUUUCCUGUAAAAUCUGUUUGGGGAUCUGGAUAUUAGUACUAAUUGAAAGAAAAUUUCCAGCAUUAGCAGAAAAAACCUAUUUGUUUGCAGAGGACACAGAAGCAAAGGAUGCCAGUUCAGAUCAUCUACGCACUGGCUGGCAAUCAAUCCAAAACCUUCCUCAAUUUCUGGAUUCUAAGCACCUUCUCGAUUUCAGGGAACCAGAGAAGUCCAACAGGCACUUUUUAUUUCGAAGGAAGAGAUCAAUUUUCUUUCCUACUGGAGUUAAAAUAUGUCCAGAUGAGUCUAUUGAACAGGCUAUUGCCAAUCAUCUGAAAUACUUCAAACUCAGAGUGUGCCAGGAGGCAGUAUGGGAAGUCUUCAAAACUUUCUGGGAUAGGCUUCCAGGACAUGGAGAAUACCAAAACUGGCUAAAUCUAUGUGAAGAAGGAACUAUGAGUAUAUUUGAGAUGGGCGCUAACUUCAGUCAAUCUGAGGAGCAUCAAAGCCUCAUAAUGAAGAAACUGGCCUAUACUAAAGAAGCAAUGGGCGGUUCCUGUAGCGACUGGUCCUGUGGUUUUGGAAUGACAACAUCUUCUCCAGUUAGUGAUGCAACCACGUUGAGAGAUGCAGCUGCCAAUGUUCCACCUCCUGAUGUGGUUUCAAUUGAGAGUCCUUCAGGCAGAACCACUGACAAAAGUGACAAUCCUGAAAUCAACAAUGAGAUCAAGAGAGAUGAUGAGAAGCUCACAAAACCAGCUCGUGAACAAAUGGUUGAGUUCAGUAUUCUUCUUCCUGAAGAGAAAUACACCAACAAGCUGAGUGAUCCCUUUACUGAAGAGUACCAGCAACUGUCUCUACAGUUUGUUUCUGAAAUUCAAAAUGCAUAUGAAGGAUUGCCUGGAUACCAGAGUAUUUAUGUAACUGAAUUCAGAGCUCCUCAGGAUAACAGUGGAGUGGAAGUUCUGUACACUGUUGUUUUUGAUGGGGAAGCCAUCAGCAAUGCUACCUGGGACCUGAUUAACCUUCAGUCCAACAAAGUGGAGGACAACACUUUUCUAGAGAUUGAAGAUAAUCCAACUGUGGUUUACACAGUCAGCGACUUCAGGAAUUAUAUUGCUGAAAUACUUCAUAAGAACACUUUACUUGAGAAUGCCUCCUUGAACCUGGAUCCUGACUCUCUCCUGCUCAUAAAUGUAAAGGAAGUCAUUGCUUUAGUAACAGAAGACCCAUCUCGAAUUACUGCUAAACCCAUUGAUGAUGAUCGUAUGGUGGUAUCUGAAUGGCCCUCAGCAGAUGAGUCAACUGUAAGCAACAUCUUGCCACUUGAUUUUACCAGACCAGAUUUCAUCUUCGAUAUGGAACAGUACAAUGGCAAUGAAAUCUGGUUAAGACCAGAUGGCUUUCUGAAUCCUGAGAGCAACUUCAGUUCAACACCAAAAGCUACUUUCUAUUCAAAAACUGGUAUUACCCCAGAUGAUCUGCUUUUUGUGGAUGAAAAACAGAAAUUGCAUUCUGCCACACCAUCAGCAAUAGAGACGGACCUAGAAAGCAUUUCAAAUUUUUCAUUAGAAGAUUUGCUUGAGGACUCAAAGGAGUUGGAAGGGUUGCUUUUACCUUCAAGUCCUCCCUCUCACACGGUGCCAAAAGAAAUCCUACCUACAAGUGAUUCUGUGAUCCCCCUCACUCCUAUACCACCAAAGGCCUCUGCAUCAGCCAUACAGCCUAGCAUGGAAGAAGUGUUAGCUACAAGUUUUGUAGAAGAGGAAACUCUGCAACCUUAUAUAUACAUAGAAGACAAUCUAGAUGCCUAUGGUUCUGGUUCAGGACAGGAGCUACAAACAAACUUAUGGCCCUGGUAUAGACCUACCUUUGAGACAGAGGGCUCAGGUAUGUAUGAUGAUAAAGGAACAAAUUUUAUAUUGACUUCCUCAAAGGACUAUACAUCUAAGGAGCUGCUAGAUGAAGUCAUCUCCCAGUCAUCUCUGGAAAUAGAACAACCUACAAUAGAAAGUGUUAUUGCUGCAUCCCCUGAGCUACACAGUAAAUCUCAGGAUAUAAUACAAUUAAAGGAGACCAGUGAGGAUGAUCAAAUUCUUCCUGAAUUAACUGGAACACAAAACCCAAUAAUAACAGAGCCAACAUCCACAGACUAUUCACAUAUAGUCAUUACAAUAAGACAGACAGAUGAUGUUUCUCCAAGAACUGGAUUAGAGAAACCAGGAGUAAUUUUAACAGCUGAUCCUGCAAUAGAGAGGCCAGUGACUGAUAAUUUUAUGGUAGACCAGCAGAUUCCGGAUUCAAUGGCUGAAGAGGUCUUGGGAUCGAUUGCUCUGAAACCUGUUGCUGUUCCUCCUACUGAAAGUGCCACAUACCAACCAGCAGAUGAAGUUAGAAGUUCAGUUGCAUCAACUAGUUUUCAUGUUUCAACUGUGGUUCCUUUUUUAAUAGAAGAUACAACUGCUUCCAGUGACUUUGCUGUGGAGUUCAGUACAACCCACAUCACUAAUACACCUUCCAGCGGCUUGGACAGUACAGUAAGCUCUCCUGCAAUGGUGGCUACGGCAGAGUUCUCUAUCCCCAUCCUCACUGACAUGCCUACCACACAGCCAACAUUAUAUCAAUCUACAGUUGUCCCAACUGAACUGGAGAAAGAUUUGAUUGCAAAAGAACUGGAAGUUAUAAAACGGGACCCUAUAGGAACAACCUACGUUCCCCCUGAAAUGAACCAGGAAGGAAGAAGUAUGACUGAGGGUCAUAUGAGGUUGUCUACAAGUGUUCAUUCUACAGAAAUGGCCAGUGUAGCUGGUUCUACUCAUGAAAAUCUCAGUAAUGUUACAGUCCCUGCACGGGCUUUAGUGGUAUUCUUUAGUCUUCGAGUUACCAACAUGAUGUUUUCAGAGGACUUAUUUAAUAAAAAUUCUCCUGAAUAUAAAGCCCUGGAACAGAGAUUUUUAGAACUGCUGGUUCCUUAUCUACAGUCCAAUCUAACAGGCUUCCAGAAUCUCGAAAUUCUGAACUUCAGAAAUGGUAGUAUUGUGGUGAACAGCCGAAUGAAGUUUGCAAGACCUGUGCCUCGCAAUGUCACUAAUGCUGUGUACAUGAUUCUGGAAGACUUUUGCAACACAGCCUACCAGACCAUGAACCUGGCUAUUGACAAGUACUCCCUUGAUGUGGAAUCAGGAGAUCAAGCUGAUCCAUGCAAGUUUCAAGCAUGCAAUGAAUUCUCAGAAUGUUUGGUGAAUCAGUGGAGUGGUGAAGCUGAGUGUGUCUGUUAUCCUGGAUAUCUAAGCAUUGAAGGAUUGCCUUGUAACAGCAUUUGUGAUCUACAGCCUGACUUUUGUCAAAAUGAUGGCAAAUGUGACAUAAUCCCAGGACAAGGGGCGAUAUGCAGAUGCCGUGUUGGUGAAAAUUGGUGGUACAGAGGAGAACACUGUGAAGAAUAUGUGUCUGAGCCACUUGUUGUGGGCAUUGCAAUUGCUUCAGUGGCCGGCUUCCUUCUUGUAGCAUCUGCUGUUAUUUUCUUCCUAGCAAGGACCCUCCGCGAACAGUACACAAAGAGUGAAAUUGAGGACUCUUUAGGGCAAGGGGAUAGUCUUUCAUCCAUUGAAAAUGCAGUGAAAUACAACCCAAUGUACGAGAGUGAUGCUACUGGACACAGUCACUACUAUCGAAGGUAUCCUCUGCUGACUUCAUAUAGCUCAACAAGCAAUGAGACGUCCACUGAGUACAGCAGUGAAGAGAUCAGGCAUAUUUAUGAACAUAGUGAGCUAACUAAAGAGGAGAUUCAGGAUAGAAUACGGAUUAUAGAACUUUAUGCCAAAGAUCGGCAGUUUGCAGAGUUUGUAAGGCAGCAUCAAAUGUGA